AUGCCAGCAAGAUCCACUACCCCACUGGUGUGGUUCUGCAUUAUCACAGUAUCUGUGGCAAUCUAUCCAGCAGCACUGCUGCAGAAGCCUCCUAAAAGGAGAACAGUCAAUGGGAAUGCACAGUCCAAGAUGACAGGCUGCUGCGAUGAGAUUAAAGAGCUCAAGCUGCAGCUGGCCAACCUGAGCAGAAUGCUGCAGGAGCUGAGCAAGAAGCAGGAGGGCGACUGGGUGAAUGUGGUCAUGCAGGUGAUGGAGCUGGAAGGAAGCACCAAGCAGAUGGAGUCCCGCCUCAUUGAUGCCGAGAGUAAAUACUCCGAAAUGAACAACCAGAUAGACAUUAUGCAACUCCAAGCAGCUCAGACGGUCACACAAACUUCAGCUGUAGAUGCUGUCUAUGACUGUUCAUCACUUUAUCAGAGGAACUACCGAAUCUCUGGUGUUUACAAGCUACCCCCUGAUGAAUUUCUGGGGAGUCCAGAUCUAGAGGUGUUCUGUGACAUGGAAACAGAUGGAGGUGGCUGGACUGUCAUCCAAAGACGCAAAGUUGGUUUGACAUCUUUCAAUAGGGACUGGAAGCAAUACAAGGAAGGAUUUGGCAAUAUUCGGGGAGAUUUUUGGCUAGGAAAUGAAAAUAUCUACCGGCUUUCAAGACGUCCCACUGUUCUGCGAGUGGAGUUGGAGGACUGGGAAGGUAACAUACGCUACGCACAAUAUAAACAAUUCACCCUGAGCAACGAAUUAAACAGCUACCGUCUUUUUGUGGGGAACUACACUGGCAACACAGGGCGUGACUCCCUAAGGUACCACAACAACACAGCCUUCAGCACAAAGGACAAGGACAACGACAAGUGCGUGGACGACUGUGCCCAGUUCCGUAAAGGUGGAUAUUGGUACAACUGCUGCACAGAUUCCAACCUGAAUGGGGUUUACUACCGCAAAGGAGAACACACCAAAAACAUGGAUGGCAUCACCUGGUAUGGCUGGCAUGGAUCAACCUACUCCCUGAAAAGAGUGGAGAUGAAGAUACGGCCGGAGGAUUUCAAACCUUAGAGAGAACCAAUAUUUGACUGUACAGCUACACAACACCGCUGUACAGAAGGUGGGCCCCUGCUCAAAACCAGCCACUUCAAUCGUUCACUUCCUCUGGGAUGUGAGCUAAUGCAACAACUACAUACUGGUUAUGUACACAUAGAAACACUAAGGCAGACACCAGCCAAGCAACUCAUGUUACCAGGGCUCAAACUUAUCUCCUCCUCUUAAGAUUCUUUCCAAAAGGAUAAUAUUGUGUUAGAAUAGGCUAGAACAGAAGGCUAAAUACCUCCCGCACUUACAGCGCCUUCAGAACACCUACCAGCGCACUUUCAUUAGCACUGUAACUAGUGGUUGGCUUAGCAUUCAACUAGUUAGGCAGGGACUGUAAGAAGAAAGCCUCCUUGUUGCUAUUCCCUCAAUGUCUAGAUGAAGUAUUGCUGGGCGACUCAGUUUCUAAGAGAGAUUCAUAUCAAAAGUGACAUAUUGCUUUCUAAUCACAGAAAAAUACCUUAUCGAAAGUACCCCGAUACACCGUUCUUGAGUGCAUAGUAAAUGACUUUCUGGGAGCAUAAAAGCUACACAAAACAUUUGGAUAAAUGAGUACUGUCCAGGUUCUCUCCUGAAGUCUUACUGCCAUCUCUUGCUGCUGCCACAAGUAAGCAUGGAGAGCUGCAGCCAGCACACAGUACCUGAAGGACAGAAUUUUCUCGUAUGUGCUGGGUGAUCUCUGGAUAAUGAUAGUGCCACAAAGACUGAUAAAUCACAAUGCAGCUUUCUUGGCUGCCCCCAAAUUAUAUUCAGUUUAGAACAUAAGAGUACUAUAUGAGAGUAAGUCUAACAGCCAGUGAGAGAGAAAAAAAAAA